UGCAAUAAAGUUCAAAGUGUUUGCUGAAUAAUACAGUUCAUCUAGAGCAUCAUAUGUAUAAAACUUGUUCUCAGCUAAACUAGUAUAUUUUAAACUUGUACAUUUCAGAGGUGAAUUGUACAAAUUUAAAAUAUACUGUGUGGAACUGAGCAACCAAUGCUAUCAGCAUUUUCAUCUUCACAGCAAUUUAAUUAAACAUACAUGAACAUUACUUCCUGUGCCAGAAAUGUUAUAUAAUUAGUAUAGACACUUUGAAAAUGUUUGAUUUAUUGAAGAUGUUUAUCAAGAAAACCUGGUGCUUAAAUUUGGGUGCAUUAAAAAGGCAGCCCCCUGACAUCUGGCUUUGACAGCAUUUAUUAAACUCAGCUACUGUCCUCAAAAAUGAGGUUGCAAUUUAAUUCAGUCAGUGUAAGUAUACUAAUAGUAUUUUAAUAUGAAUGUGCUCUGCUUAUAUUUGACUUUCCCUGAAGGAAAGAAUUGAAAUUACUAAAAAAAGACCAACCCACACAUUAAAAUGAGCUAUAGGUCUAAACAGACUUUUUAGCUCCUACAGUUUCUCAGAGCUUUAGCUCAGGAAGCCACAAUACAAGUGUGUAUAGAUUGUUUUUUCAGACAGCUCACAGAAAAUAUAUGCUAAUUGAAUCUCUUGCAUAUCUGCAUGCUUCAUCAGUCACCCACAUUGCCUGAGUUCCUUCAGUAACAAAGCCUGUUUCAUAUUUGCAGAUGACUUCAGUAUGUUUUAUUAACUGAGUACACUGCAUAUCCCCAGUUCUUUGUAAAGGAAUCAAUGGAAUAAAUUAAUUGAGGGGGAGAAAAGAGGUAGAAGAAAACUGCCAGCUCUUCUGGCUUUCCCCCCCCCCCCCCUCUUUCCAAAGAUAAGGAACUAAAAUCUAAAACCAAACUGUAAAUCUUGCCUUUUCCCCUUCCUGACAUUUUCUCUACAGAAGCAUAUUUCUACUUCUAGCUGAAAUAAGCAUCUACCUAGAAUAUCAACAAAGACAGUUCCUUUAUGCUGGGACCUGCCUUUUUUGUGUUUUUUCUGGUGCUACUGCUCUGUUCUUGAUGAGUCCGCUAUCUGGAAGCUGAGUGUAAUGAAACAUAAUUGAUGUGGCUUAAUGGAUUCUCUUUUUUGUGUGUAUGAUUUUUUUAAAACUUCAAAUAUGCAGAAUAAUAAACAAGCUGGAUAAGUUGUCUUGAAUUUUUACAUAUUACUGUAGUCACAAAAAUAAGCUGCUGAAUUAGCAGAAGGGAGUAGAACAGAAACAAGUGCUAACUGUGGAGUUAUCAAGUGUCCUCCCCUUGGCCAGUGCAUAUCCUGGGGACAUCUGGUUUCUUUGUCAUCUUUGGGAAUGGUGCUUGGGAUCAGCUGGAAAAUUACACUGCUAGGAUUUUGUUUACUGUGGUGCUAAUGAUGUUUGGGUGUCCAAAACUUCACCCUCCUGGAAGGGUGGUGGCAGGUUUUUAUUUUGCUUUCAAAAUUUAAACCAAAGAAAAAUAUAAAGCUUCCAGUCAGACACAAACAUCUACACUCUGCAGUAAGGUGAUGGUCAAAUUUUUUUAAAUUUUAACAUGUCUAUUUAGGGAUAUAUGUGAUGCUAAAACAUGUAUCAUCUACAUAGCGGAGAGAAGAGUGCAGUGAAAUAAAAAAUGUGAGCAGCUUUGAUAUGAAGAAUGCUGUGCACUAAGGCCAAGGUAAAGUAGCAGAGUCCCCCUUGCAGCCUUUGUCUUAGUUUCUAGUGUGACAGGAGGAUAUUAACUGCUGAUAAAAUCAGGGUAGGAAAGCAAUGCUUCCAUUAAAAUGUUAUGAUUUUGGAUAUUGAAGCAGACCUUACUUUUCCCUCUCUUUUUCCAGCAUCAAGAGAGUGAUCCAUAUCUCAUUUACUUGAAAACCAUUAGUCACCAUUCUAGAGAGACAGCUAAUUACUUUUAACUAAAAAUAAUAUUUUGAUAAAGCUGUGCCAUUUCUCCUGGGAAUUGUUUUAAACUUCCUGCAUGCCUACUACCAAUUUCUGCAAUACAGCUUGGGAGGAAUUUGUGCUGCACUGUUCAAUAGCAACAGGUCUGAAGAGUACCAAGGAUGAAAUUCUCAAAGGUCUUCAUGUCAUGGUUGGAAAUGGAAUCAUUACUGUAUUUUUGAGCUCCUGCUAACGUCAUUGACACCCACCUACAGUCUACUAGAAAUAUAAGUGCAGAGAUCAGGUUGUUCACAGAUUACGAGGAGACCAACCAAGAAGGGGCAAGCCAAAGCCAAAUUCCCUGGCAGUCUGUUCAUCUCCAGCAUGUGGAAAGGGCUGCUCCUGGGUCUGUGUGUAGUAUUGGCUGUGAGAGGACUGGCAAAGGGGGCUCCUUUCCAACCAGAAGAUAAAUGGAAGCCUCUUGAUAACCCCAGAAACAGAGACCUGUUUUUCAGAACACUCCAGGCUUACUUCUCGGGCAGGGGUCUGGAUCUCAGGAAGUUCCCAGCCACUUUCACUGUGAACAAUGAAGGAUCAAGGCUCUACUCAGAUCCUAUUGCUUCUGCAUUUGCAGAUUAUGAAGAAAAGAAAAAGUCCUUUCAGGACUAUUUCAAAGGCUGAAAGAUUCUGCUGAUGAAGGCAUUAAUUUCAGAAGUCCAUGCCAAGUGGAAACCUUCACAGCAAAAUUUUACUGCUUUGACUUUUUAACUGUUACCUGACAAUUCCAAAGUUUCUUCACUGUCCCCAUUUCUGCCCAUGGAAUCUGGUGUCCUGCUGCAAUGAGCAUUAUUCUGUCUGUUGACAAAUGUGUGCUAUGGCAGUCUGUGAGCAGAAUUGUGCUUAAGUGUGAAUAAACGGGGAGUGCAUUUAA